CAGUAGUUUAGCAGUUGUCGUUUCCCGGUGUAGUUGGCAACCGUGUUCAUUUUGAAUCGAUAUUUUCCCCCACAAACCAAAUGAAGUAAAAAAAAAGUAAAUCAACUUUUCGAUCGUAUCCGAAUUUUACGAAUAUCUUAGCAAAAAUUUUUACCGCAUUGUGUUUAAUUGUGAAAGUGAUUAUUUAUUUAUUUAUUCAAGUAUAUAUAAAUUGUGUGUAGUUGUUUUCUUUUUUCAACCGAAGGAUAUUUUACUGCAGUUUUUUUUAAAAACAAAUAGAAUAAAGAAAGAAAAUGAAGCAUAUCCAUUGGCCCGUAAUAUUAGUACCACUUUGGUUCGCAUUAGUAAACGGAGAGCCGUCCGUACACAUUCUAGCUGGAAAUUUGGAUCAAGUCGUCACCUCGACGACACUGGAAUGGCUUCCUUACAAUAAAAACGACAAAGUCCUAUUAACAAACGCGGUCGUGGCGGCUUAUCAAACUAUUGAAGAACAAAAAAGCAAUGAAGCAGAAGUCUCUGAAAACGAAACGGGAGGUAACGGCCUAGUUCCGGAGCCAGUCUACGUGUGCCGUGCCAAAUUCAACAGCGUCUGGGUUUCGGGACAGCUGAGACCGAACAAGCAUGUGUGCGUAGUAUCUCUGUAUCAAAAAGUAACAGAAUACAAACAAUUCGACGUACUGGUCAGCAUAGAGGGUAGCGCUCGGCUGAGUUGGGUCCACAAGGAUAAGUACACUCUGAUAUCUCAAGGAGCUGUUACCAGCGGUGAAAAUAUACUAAGGAGCUUCGUAGCAAGGAGGGCGGCUAACAGCCACAACAAAACAGGAUCGCUGUCUCACUACGUUGGAAAGUACACUUCAGAAAACUUGGGAAUGUUCCAUGUCGUAGAUCAAAACAACAUAGAAAUUGCUUACGAUAAUGGCGAAAUUCUUGUUGAAACGGAACCAAUCAGUUACGAAUUGAAAAACAUCAGAUUCGACCGCAUCAACAAACGUCAUCCCAAGAAACAACGUCUCCUAGGCCACGCCAUUCUCACAAACAAGGAAAAUUCCUUUCAGAGAGUAGACAGCGUCGUAACCUACACCUAUUUGUACAAUCUGUUCUGGGGCAAAGGUCACGGAUUAUUGACGGGACUACCUUUAAAGGUCACCUUGCCCAACGGCACUCAGCUGGAAGGAGCUUGGGCCCUACACACGGAGCUCGAGAAAAAGGAAUUGGCACCGAUAGAAAGAGAUUUGGAAGCGGGUACAGCUGUCAACGUGACAGUCAGAGGCAAUUACACCGAAAUGGAGAUCCCGUACACGGCUACCAUCGUACAAAACUAUAAAGACGGCGAAAAGAGAGAGAUAGUAAUAAGAGAUACGAAACGUGAAAACAAAAUGAUGGACAUCAUGGCUGAAUAUACUCCGGCUUAUUAUCUUCACAAUAACAGUUGGGUACCGACUACUACGACUACCACUACUACCAGUACCACCACCACCAGUACCACUACUAAGAUGACCACCACCCAAGAGGUGACUCCCAUAUCUCCGCCGGAUAUGCAAGACUCCAAAGUACCAGACAAUCUCCAAACCGGCGACAAGAAGCACGACAAUAUGCAAUCAGACGAACAAAAUUCUACAAUCAAGGAUGCAAAAACUGGAGAAAGCAAAAGUAGCGCUGCCUCGCUAAUAUCCAGUCUGUUAACGAGUAUUUCACUGAUGCUAACGUUGCUGAUGUUCACGUAAAAGACUAUUCAUUCCCAUGUUUAUUAUUAACUUUAUUUUCGAAUGUCGCUUGGCGCUAGUGAUUUCACAACAAACACAUGAGAGGCAAUGAUCGACCUGCGGGUUUAAUUUUACUUUUAAGGGGCGCAUACCAGUGUUUGGAACGUCAGAAAUGUAGUUCAAUAGUAUCUUCCAUAUUAAAGUCGAAAAAUAAUUCAAAAUUCAUUAUCCUUGGGUAUUAAGACAGUUUAAAAAGUGGAAACUAUCAAAGUUUGUAUGCACAUUUUCUGUCAUGCCUGUAGAAGGUGUUUCUUCUUCGGGACUUGCAAAAAGAAUCAUUAUGUCAAAAUUAAAUAUUUAAAAAAAUUAACGUUAUUUCCCUACUUUUUUUUUGUAUAAAAAACUACAAGACUGGUAAACAAGAGUCACGGAUUUAUCAUCACUUCCAAAUAUUUUCAAAUGCAUUUUGUGCAAUUUACUCUGGUUCUGAACACCAACUAUUCAACUUUACUUGUAUUGUAUGAUAUUUGUGAUUUAUUUAUAAUGUUUGCUAAUUAUAUUAUUAUUGUAUCAUCUGUAGAAAUAUUUACAAAUGCUUUUUUAAACAACAUUCCAAUAUCAUUAAUUUAAAUCGUAAAUAGUAAUGGGCCCAAGACCUCUCCUUGUGGCACACAGUAACCUGUUACUAAAUUUGGUAGAUCAACAGUUAAUAUUUAUAUUAUUUUUCGUUUAGUAAUUAAAUAAGUCUUGAUGAAGAAACAAACAGUUUUAAGGUAGUUUCAAUAAGACACUGGCAAUAAAUAAUUAAUUAUUAUUUAAACGUGUAAAUUUUAGAAUAGAUUUUGUUCACAUUUCGGUUGAACAUGUUUUAUUUAAUUUUUUAAAUACCCAGAUGAUUCCAAAACAGACUUUAAUAUGGAAUUAAGGUUGUAAUAAUUUAUAAUUAUUUUUUUUGUGAAAUCGACGUCUCCGAAAAGGAGCAGAUAAUUAUAACGAUGUUUAAGAAUUUCUUCGGCUAAAUUUUAAAUUAUUGUAAACGUUUUCUCAAUAUUUUUAGAUUACAUGUAUAUAGAAUUUGUAUAUAGGAAAAAAAAAAGGAUUUGUUGCGGUACGAAACAAUAUCAAAAGCCGAAAAUAUGUUGGUGAUAAAAGUGCUUACGACGUCCAAUUAUCGUACGAGGGCUCUUCCAAAAGUUAUUGAACUAUUAAAAAAAUGUACCAAAUUUGUAAUGAUAAAUUUUUAUAUUUUAAAAUUAUAAAAAUGAACAUUGCAAACUAAAUAAGGGUCAUUCAGAUGUCUUUAUAUAUUUUAACAAUAUAAAUAAAAGACCGUAGCAGUGAUAUGUCAAAUAUAGUAAUUGUAUGUUUUUUAUAGUUCAAUAACACAGAGUGAAAAAAAAUCAAAUUGGCAGUUAUUUUAAGAGUUUUGUAAAUCUAGGAAUCAAUUUUUUCGGAAAAUAAUCUAGGUAAAAUAAUUUUCUUUACUUAUAAUUGAAGAAAAUUCGAAAUAUUGGCAAGUUUUUUUAUGAACAUUGUAAAACGUUAACUUAUCUACAGCAUGCUCCUGAAUAUAGUGUAGAACGUUUAGAAAUAUAAAUAUCUAACUAAACCAAGCCAUAAACCCAACGGGGGCCAAAUCGGGACCGUCCUACGGCCACUAUCGGCAAAAACGUAGUAGAAAGGUCUUAAAAACGUUAAUUUAUCUACAGUAUGUUCCUGAAAAUAGUGUAUAGCCUCCAGAAUUAUAACAAUCUAACUAAACCAAGCCAUAAACCCAACGAGGGCCAAAUCAGGACCGUCCUACGGCCAGUAUCGGCAAAAACGUAGUAGACCGGUCUUACAAACGUUAAUUUAUCUACAGUUUGUUUCUAAAAAUAGUGUACAUCCUCCGAAAUUAUAACAAUCUAACUAAACCAAGCCAUAAACCCAACGAGGGCCAAAUCAGGACCGUCCUAUUUCCAGUAUCGGCAGAAACGUAGUAAAUAAAAUGGUCUUAAAAACGUUAAUUUAUCUACAGAAUGUUCCUGAAAAUAGUGUAUAACCUCCAGAAUUACAACAAUCUAACUAAACCAAGCCAUAAACUCAACAGGGGCCAAAUCGGGACCGUCCUAUGGCCAGUAUCGGCAUAAACGCUGUAGAAUGGUUUUAUUAAUGAAACGCAUACGUGGGAGAUCACAGAAGCAAUUGAAUCAGACUGAAUCAAAAAUGGCUCUAAUUUUAUAAUUUUAAGCAUACAAAUAGUUUGUAAGAUUUUUUUCAUAAUUGGUAGAUAACGGAUAUUAAUAUUGGCCUACACACAAUUUCAUAUCAUUCCACCAUAGAAUUAGGAUAAAUUUUGGUACAAAAAAUUGAUUUCUAGAUAUUAAAAUUAAGAAUGAAAAAGAAAAAAUCCUUAGCAAGAAGAUAUAUAUUUUGCAAGAGUCGAAAAUUGUAGAGAUUUUGUGUGGCAUAUAUUUUUGCUAAAAUUGUUCAGUAUUUAAAAAAAGGUACAAAACAAGCUGGCCUGUCGGAAAUAAGAAGAAAAAGAAAAUAUCUGAUCUUAUUCUCUAUGUAGUAUAAAAACUAAGAUUUAAAUUAAAAAAAAAUCAAUAUAUUAUCUUUUUUUUUAGUACAAAAAGGUAGUACCUACGGAUGUUUCAAAAAUUCAUUUGAUAAUAAAUUUUUGGAAUAAUUUGUAGUCAGACAGAGACAGAGACAUUUUACAUUUGUGUACCUAUAUAAUAUGUUCAAAUAACUUUUCUAAUUAUUAAUUAUACAUGUUUCAUAUCUAUGCUUUAAAUGCAAAGUCGUUGAAAGACAUAUUACAUUUUAAAAUGGGUGGGUAUCAACUAAAUAUUUACUCCAUCAAAAUUAUUUUACUCAGUACUUUAUAGUGAUUUUUUUACAAAUACGAAGUGCUAAUAAAAAUUUGCUUUACCUAUAUCUGAAAUGUUUAAUCUCGCACUGUAAUAGAUACAGAAAUUUAGAGAAGAUACAAAUACAAUGUAUGGCUAGAAAUUAAAAAGAAACUCAAAGAUCUCUGUCUAGAAUAGAAAUUUGUAUCUAAUGCUGGUACUUUGUUUUGAUGACAACAUUUCGCCAAUGGACAAUGGAGUACUGUUUAUUAAAUACUAAUAAAAACAUUUUUUAAUAAGUUGAUCAGUAUUGACUUCGUUUGUUACGUUUUACUUACAUAAACAAUAAGCAUCACAAAAUUAAUAAAUACAGAUUGAUUAGUUUGCUUACUUUUUUAAUAUAAGAAUGCAUAACUAUAAAUAAUUCAAUCAUUAAUUGAAUGACAAUCAAAAAACGCGUUAAUAGUGAUUCAAAAAGUUGACUCAGUCUCCCUUGUGUAUUUUAUUAUCUAGAUAGGCGAGGUCGUUGCAAUAGAAAAUUAGAAUUUUUGCAAAUUUUUAGUUGAUACUUGCGGCUUUGUUACAAUUAAGGCUUAAAAACUGUUUAAAUAAAAAUAUCAUCUAUUUCGGGAUCUAUCCGACCAAAAAAAUAUAUCAAUUUCUGCUUAAACUAUACAAGAAAUAAAAAAUAGUGACAAUAUACCUAUCUUAAGAGGAAUAAACAGCUACCGUUCUUUGUGAUUCAUAUUGGACUGAAAACUUUGUGUAAAGUAAAUAUUAUUUUUGUUUAAUUAUUAUUGUACAUUCCUGUAUUAUGUAGAUAUUCAUUAUGAAAUAAAUUAAAACCUAAAUA